AUCUGGCAGUAAAGCGAAAUUAGAGUUAAAGGCAGAUGUCUAAGUAAACAUGUUUAAACAUGAGCUAGUGAAUGAAGAACUUCACUUUCAAAGAGCCAAGUACUCUCCAUUUCUGAGGAAUCUCAAUCCGCCUGUCAUCCUGAUGAAGAAAGGAGCCCAGAGAGGGCAAGAAACGUCCCCAGGGCUGCACAGCAGGAUCCAGGAUGAACAAGAGGGCCACAGUGUGUGACUGCUCUGCAUUCGACUGGUCUGUGCACACCCACCCAGCCCUAUCAUCUGCUCGCGCAGACACCCCACGUGUGUCCGCUCACACCUGCCCCCCACUCAGCAGCAUGAGCAGCCCCAACCUACCCACCAAGACUCCCCUCUGGCCCCCGGACUCCAGCCCUCACCUGCCUGACUCAGCCCACAUACAACAGCCUUGGUGCUCAAGCCCAGAGCCCAGGAGCCCCACCUCAGGCUCUGGAACUUCAGGCCUCGCUGCUGAGGAGCACUUCAGCCUCCAGGGGCUGUGUGGUCUGGUGCCGGCCCUGGAGCAUCUGGAGGCCCCAGGAUCGUUCCUGGUGGAGCUGGGCCCAAAGAACCUGCUGCUGGCGGAGCCAUGGGACUAUUCAGCCUCCAGGGCCUUGUGCCUGCUGCCUUGGAACUUUGGCCUCAUCUGCUCAUGGCCACUGGAAACCCUGAGCGCCCAUGAACCUCAGCUGGGCUGCCUGCUCAGCUUGCUUCUUGGCUCUGUGCCCUUGGCCACACCUUGGCUCCUGGCUGCCCAGCUGGCUGGUGUGCAACCCUCUGCAGCCCUGACUUGCUUCGCACUGCAGGCACUGCUCUGGGGACCUGGACCUCGCUGGGCCGCACCCUGUUGCUACUGCGGGACUGACCCUAUGGGAGAGACAUGUCUGUUCCAGGGCCUCUACAAGAGACAGGCACUCCUUCCACGGCUAGGAUUGUUAGCAGUGUCUCCACAAUAGGUAGACGCCCCCUUCCAAAAAAGGCCAGACGGCUAGUGGAGUGCAGAGGUGUGGACACCCUUCCUCCAAUGCCUGCUCCCUUCCUUUGUUGGGGACUUAGGCCCAAGGCCUCCGGCCUCCCCAAGAAGGCAGGUGGCCCCCUUUCAGGGCUGGGGCUAAUUGCCAGGGUUAGCUGAGGUUUUCUGAGGCAAGGGCCACCCACCCCUCUUCCAGAUGUGGACACCUGUCAAUGUGUGUGGAACCCCUCACCCCACCUUCCAGUAGAAGCCAGGCAGGCACCCUUGUGGUGUUGGUGUCUGAUGGUUACUGCCCCCACAAGAGCAGAGUGUGUGAACACCUCUUCCAGGGCCAGCAGGAGAGGCGUUCCUGGCCCUGGAGCAGCCCCUGGUGCUGAGCAGGACCAGUGAUCCUUCCGAUGUGAAGGUCCUUGUCAAGAGCUACUUGGGGAUGGGAGGCCCACCCAGCACUGCUCACCGCAGGCGAGUCUGAACUCACCUCCCAAAGGUCCCCAUGCCCAAGCUCUCUCCACCCACUGUGACCUCCUUGCUGUUCCUGUGACA